UCGUCUCCACCGCGACCCUGUCUCCUUUCCAGGCCGCUCCCUCCAGAUCCGACGCUCGCCUUAUCCUUAUCCUUAUCCUUAUUCAGCAGUUAGGGGUAGCUCAAUUUUCUGGAAUUCAACAGUGAGUUCUUCUGGUAAUUAUUUGGAUUCGCUCUAGUGUUACGAGCAUCUUGCCGUUCAUGAUUAAUAUUACUCUGCUAAAUCCAACCCGCGUCAAUAUCGGGCGCGCGCCGUUUAGAUCGGAUCUGUCCCGCUAUGCCUAACAAUGGAAUGGAAUCCGUGGCGGAGGGGGAUUGUGAUGGUCUUCUCCGACUCUGCCUCAUCUACGUGUGUCUCUCUUACCUUGAUAAGUAUAUCUAAUCUAGCUAGCUGCCGCAAGGCCGACCCGCCGUCACAAUAAGUUGUUCUGUAAACUGCUGCAAGGCCUCAACAAGUCGCUAGCUAUAGAUAGGGCUUCAACUUUGGCCGUUCCAGCAAGUUUUUGUGCAACAAAACAAACCUAGGCUGUACAUCCAUCUGCUGCGGCAUCCAAUCAAAUCAUGAGCCAAGAUGCCGAGGACAGAAUCAGUGCGCUCCCUAGGGACAUCCUUAUCCGAAUCCUUGAACUCCUUCAGGUGCGCAGUGCGAAUUCGGACCGGAUCGCUCUCCAAACGGUGGAGACACCUCCCUCACCAGCUCUCUUGUCUGCUCAUAGGUGUAUCUGACAUUCAGAGCGCUAGCUAUGUCACGCUGGGUCAGAUCAUGGGGGCGUACACGGAGACGACGAGGAGAUUGCUAUCGUCCACGUGCGAAUGCGGCGGCCGUUCCAUCAAGAGCCUGAGACUUACCUUUUACCUUUCAAAACCUUUCUUGUGCCCUAUUGGCCAUGCCGUCGGGGAUGUGGCCAGGAACGGCGACACUGAAUGCCUCGAGUUUGUGAUAUUCACGCAUCUUGCGAGACCAAGCAAUGCUCAACUUGUCUUGUUUGGACAGCGGUUCAUGUCCUUCUUCCACUCUUGCCCUGUCGCCUUCAGAUGGCUCACAAGACUAACUCUCCACAACCUUGCAUUUGGAGACUCGGAUGUGCCCAAUCUCCUCAAUGCUUGCGAUAAGCUUCAGUUCCUUAACUUGAGAUGCUGCAAAUUGGGUCCGAAAUCUGUCCUCAGCAUAGACGCCCCGUCAUCAGAGCUCCAGAAACUUGAAUUGUUUUGCUUUGAGUGUGUGCGGGUUGAUCUAGCAAGUCUGCCUAAGCUGAAGCAAGUGCUCUGUGAUACUUGGUGGGCUGUGACCACACCUAUGUCUUGUGGCUUUGUUCCCAAACUUGAGAAAGUAAGCCUCGCCUCUGCUGCCCUGUCUGGGCAGAAGCCAUUCACAUUGAGCAAGUGUUUAUCUAGUAGUAGUACAAGAAGCCUCUCCACUUUGUGUCUGGAUUUUUGCUCUCAGAUGAGCCAAGAUGCCCAAGACAGAAUCAGUGCGCUCCCUAGCGACAUCCUUAUCCGAAUCCUUGAACUCCUUCCGAGCGCUAGCUAUGUCACGCUGGGUCAGAUCAUGGGGGCGUACACGGAGACGACGAGGAGAUUGCUAUCGUGCACGUGCGAAUGCGGCGGCCGUUCCAUCAAGAGCCUGAGACUUACCUUUUACCUUUCAAAACCUUUCUUGUGCCCUAUUGGCCAUGCCGUCGGGGAUGUGGCCAGGAACGGCGACACUGAAUGCCUCGAGUUUGUGAUAUUCACGCAUCUUGCGAGACCAAGCAAUGCUCAACUUGUCUUGUUUGGACAGCGCUUCAUGUCCUUCUUCCACUCUUGCCCUGUCGCCUUCAGAUGGCUCACAAGACUAACUCUCCACAACCUUGCAUUUGGAGACUCGGAUGUGCCCAAUCUCCUCAAUGCUUGCGAUAAGCUUCAGUUCCUUAACUUGAGAUGCUGCAAAUUGGGUCCGAAAUCUGUCCUCAGCAUAGACGCCCCGUCAUCAGAGCUCCAGAAACUUGAAUUGUUUUGCUUUGAGUGUGUGCGGGUUGAUCUAGCAAGUCUUCCUAAGCUGAAGCAAGUGCUCUGUGAUACUUGGUGGGCUGUGACCACACCUAUGUCUUGUGGCUUUGUUCCCCAACUUGAGAAAGUAAGCCUCGCCUCUGCUGCCCUGUCUGGGCAGAAGCCAUUCACAUUGAGCAAGUGUUUAUCUAGUAGUAGUACAAGAAGCCUCUCCACUUUGUGUCUGGAUUUUUGCUCUCAGAUGAUCUGGAUUCAACCGGAAGAUCCUAAACAGCUCACACGUAUAUUCAGUAGCCUUAGAGAUGUUUAUAUCUACAAUGUCUUUGCUGAGUGUGAUUUGAAUUGGACAUUCUUUAUCCUUAAAGCUGCACCUUCACUGAAGAACUUCUAUGUAAGUCUGUUAAUUAAGAUUUUCUAUGCCAUUUGCCCACUUGAUAUUUUUUUUUCUUUGACAUGUUUAUGCAUUUUCAGCACUAACUAUAUACCAGCAUGCCACUAACGCUCUUCUGUCACCAAUAAUAAAGAUGAGAGCAGGGUAUGUGCAAGUGUAAAUAGUUAGUUUUAUUGCAAACAAAAGCACUUGUGGAAAAUAAGUUAGUUGUAUUGCACAAGCUAGAACACAAG